CAUGGAGGUGAAUCCGCUGAGCAUAAUUUUGGUCAAAUCGGACAGUAAGGGCGACCGGCUGCUGUUUCGCUAUCCGUACACACUACCACAACAGUUUCAAACGUCCGUUACCCCGGCGAGAAAAACACCCUACUCGCUGAUCCACACCGGGGACGACAUUCUGCAGAAUGCACUGCCAUCAAACAUUUGUUUUGACCAGCUGUACGGGAUAUCGGACAAAGAUCUAGCAACCCUGUUCGCCGUCAAAUCAGAACUGUGCAAUCAAAAGUUUGAGCUAAAAGUAAACGACGUACGCUUUGUGUCCCAUCCCACCUUAGUGCGCAGUGAGCAUGGGUCGGAUCAGAAAUCGUCCGACAUCCAGAUCAACGUUGUGUUCGCCCUACACGCCCAGGCCAGUUCUUCCGUCGUUAAAUGUUACUACGAGCUAAGCAAACGCAUCGGUAUAGCGUUGAUUUACGAAGAGCGUCGCGAUGGUUACUUUUCACGCGAAAUCAAAACAAUGGUUGCUGUGAUGGAUGAAAACAGUGCACUGCAGGAACAGGAACAACCGACUGGUGCCACCGGAACGGGUGGUUCGGUAGUGUCGGGCAGUGGUACGGGACCGACGGGAACGAGCGGACAGGCGGUGGUAACGAAUGCUGCGGUCACUGCGGCCGGAAUUGCUGUCGGUGUGUUUGACACGAUAUUGAAAAAUACGACGCUGGCACAGUUUAUUAAAACGAUCUAUCACGACCUCUGCACGACGGGCCUGCUGAACGUUACCAUGAAUCAAACCGUAACGCUAAGCUUCUGCCUGCCACAGAAAGCGCACCAGUUCCACAAGAAAGGCAUGGCAGUUGAACCGGAAACGAUCGAUCGAUGCUUGGAAUCGCUCAAACCGUACCACGGCAUGCUGCUGCUGGUCGAUCCUUCCGAGCUGUUCGACUGUGUACCACCAUCCGGUGCCAAUAUGCUGCUACAGCUAAUAGAAGUGUACAAUCCGCUAAAAAGCUUACAAAAUAUGGCUUCCGAUGCGGAGCUACUGAUCGAUUACGUUUACCAGAUUGUCGGUCAUCUUGUGUACUGGGCGAAAGCGACCAUUAUCUAUCCGCUGUGUGAAACGAACGUGUACGUAAUUGCACCCGAUGCACAGCUAAACAUUCAUUCGAAUCUUUCAGACAAGUUUGGGACCAAAUUUCCUGGCAUGUCGUUGUUUGAGGUUAUCAGCGAUUUCUCACUACCAACGUCGAUCGGACAUCUAACGACACCGUUACAGCAUCCAGCCAGACAGGGUCGGCUAGCGCAGAUGGUGCUGUGGAUGUUGCAGCAUCACCUCUUAAUGCAACUGCACACGUACGUACAGUUUGUGGCCAAUUUGGAUGGAAUAGAGGACGGAGAGCUUGACGGGGGUAGAUCGAGUGCGGAGCGUGUUCAUUAUCCGAUUCACGCACUGUACGGAAGCUCUGCGCCGAGUGCAUCCUCCAGCCAACCGUUAGCUGUCCCUUCGGGUGGAAAUCGGAAGCAUUCGCUUAGUGAGGAUCGUUAUUCGGACAGUCUAUCGGCACUGCUAACGACGGCUGCUUCCGUUACCUCCAACACAAGACCCUCGUCGGCGAGUCAUCGAUCGAACAUCAGUCACUCGAGUGUGGGAGGUCUGCAGACGGCUUCCAGUACGGAUAAUGAUGAAAGCAUCGCAUCAAACGAUGACGACGAUAAGCUGAAGCGAUUGUUGGCAGCAUUUCCCGAGCCCGAUCGAAAGGCGGUUGCACGCAUACCCGCCGCCUCCAAUCCGGAAGAUCUGGCGCUGAUGGUACGACUUUGGAAGGCCGGGUACUUUAAGGGCGAACAUCAUCUGGAGGAAAUUAUGUACUUUGAAAAUUUGCGCCGCUCGCAACUGUUGCAGCUGGUGGAUAAGUUUCGCGAGGUGCUGAUCAUCUACGAGACGGAAGAUCCUGCGAUCGCUAGCCUGUAUGCCGAUCAUCCGGUGGAGUAGCGU